UUCUCAGAAUCGAAGGAGCCCAACUUACAUACACUUGUUUUAAAAUGAAUUCAAUCAGACGUUCACUAUACUGCAAAUAACAUUUCUCUGGAUUAUUAAAAACUGUGAGGAUGAUGCUUAAGGGAUAUAGCCUUACCAAUAACUCGGCCGCGGAGUGAUAGUCGGAAAGUCCUUCCAACGGAUAGAAAGCGAGGAAGAGGUGAGAGGCGCUCUGGUGAUCCUUGGCCUUCAUUCAAACUUACUCUUCUGCUGGCAUCUGAGCAAUAAGACGCUUCUGUGCUGAUAAUACCGAGACACGAUCAUGGAAACUCAAAACUAUAUUCUAAACUUUGCAUAUCAGAAUGGGUUUUCUAUGCUAAAUAGAUCUCACCAUUGCAUCAUCUCUUUUAUUCUUCAUAAAAGACUUGAGAGAAAUUUUGAAUGCGUCUGCAAAUGGAAUUACAGUGAGAUCCAUCAUCUGUUACACUCUUUCUACAUUUCAGAGUUCAACCAAAAUCUUAAUAAAAAGAUAAGUAUUACCUUGAAAUCAUCAGUUAUACAAAAGUCUCGGUGAUUCCAGAUUGAAUCUUUUGUGGUCUUCACCAUCAGAAUCAUCGUUGGACCCUUCUUUCUCAUCGAUUUCGUCAAAUUCCGGCGGCAUGUUAGCAUCAGAGAAGAUCUUAUGAAUGGUUACCACUUGUGGCUUCAUCGAUUCAUCUUCUUCGUCAUCGUCGUUGGGUUUGUAGUUUUACGAUCUCUUCUGCUCUCUUCUUAGAAAUCUUCUGGUAAUCUGAAUCAUGUCAACUGACAAAGAUAUCAUAUUUGAGUGAAUGGAUUGCUUUGAGGAUAUGUGGUGAGGGCUGUACUUUCCGCAGAUUUAUAGUGGUGGUGUUAUGGAUCUUUGAAACGGACGGAGAACAAAUCUAUAGUGAUUGAUUCUGGAAAUUGAAAGAAUGAUUUAAGAUAAUGCGUUAAGUCGAGAGAUUAAUAACAGAGAUUGAUGAAGAAAGUAGAAGAAGAUUUGAAACCGUGACGAUUUGGUGACGCAGACGGCGAGGUAGGUUAAAUGACGUGGCUGAAUGAUUGGUUGUGAAUAUUUUAGCUGACGUGGACAGCUUAGAAUUGCUUCAAUUUAGUAGCUUUUAUAUAGUGGGAUUCUCAUUUUUAGAAAAGGAGUGUUAGGAAAUAAAUAUUGUUUUAUAUAUUUUCAAUUGAUUUACUUUUACCUCUAAUAAAAUUAACAUUAACUUAUAAAAAUUAUAGAAUUUUAAUAAUCGGAUAAAAGUAUAGUCAUAUCAAAUACGAAUUAUCGGUUCCAGACAUAAGAAAAGAAAAAGCUCAUCCGAAAGGUAGAUUGCCUUUUUAUACAGUGUUUUUCUUUUCUUUUUUCUCUUUUUCCACAGGUAUAGAGGGUACGCAUAAAUAUAGUUACAGACUGAAAAUCCAGAUGUCUAGGUAUAAAGUGUAUUGAAUACGUAUACACAUAUUUUAGAUAUAGCCUACAAAAGAAAAUCAGCUUCUUAAAUUGGAUGUAUAUAAUAACAACCACACCGACCUAUUCUUCUCAAACAAAACUCUCACACUAAACCAAGAAAACCACAUUUCUUUCCUUCUCUACAUUAACCAUCUCCUUCAUUACAUUUAAUCCCUUCUAUAUUUUUAUAAAAAAUGAAAAAACUCAAACUCAUGGAUCACUCAUCCUGCCGGAGGAGAUAUCAGGAUCCUCCGUCAAAGGCGACGGCUAGAACACUGAAUAAUAACAGUAAUAAUCCGAAGAAGAAAAGAGUCGUCAAAGAAGAUCUUGAUGAUGAAAAGAUUGUUUCAAAGCAUCCAACUUAUCGAGGGGUGAGAAUGCGACAAUGGGGAAAAUGGGUCUCCGAGAUAAGAGAGCCAAAGAAGAAAUCAAGAAUCUGGCUCGGUACCUUCUCCACGGCGGAGAUGGCGGCGCGUGCUCACGACGUAGCGGCUUUAGCCAUCAAAGGCGGCUCUGCUCACCUCAACUUCCCUGAGCUAGCGUGCCAACUCCCUAGACCGGCUAGUGCUGACCCUAAAGACAUCCAAGCCGCCGCAGCCGCUGCUGCAGCUGCCGUCGCCGCUGACAUGGAAGUAGAGACGUCUACGCCCUCUCCUGUAAGCUCGGAACCAUCGUCUCCGGCUACGACCGCACUAGCAGACGACGCGUUUUCUGACCUCCCCGAUCUCUUGCUCGACGUGAACCACAACAAUGACGGCUUUUGGGACUCGUUUCCUUACGAGGAGCCUUUCUUCUCGGGAACUUACUAGAAAACAAAGACACUGUAGUUGUGUACGUCUUGUUCUUUUGUCAUGUGAAAACUUUUUAACGUUAAAAAGUCACCGGUUGAUCCAAGUUGUAUAUUAAUAACGGUCUAUGAUCGAUUUGUUUUUCUUUUUCUAGAACUUUUAAGUGGGGAAGUGUGUGACAUGUAUAAGCGAAAAGGCUCUUUGUUUUUGUAGAAAUGUGAACGUCAGUCAGUGACAAUUGAAAAAAGUCCCAUGUUUAUUUGUA